UCGUUCUCUCAUGAAUGUCACCUUUACUGGUGGCUUCAUUCUCUCUCUCUCUCACACACACACACAUAAGGGUAGGGUUGAGAGAGAGAGUGAAAGAGAGAGAGAGAGAGAGAGAGAGAGAGAGAGAGAGUGAGAGAGAGAGAAAGAGAGAGAGAGGGAAGGAGGGAGGAAGAGAGCUUGCCAAAAGAGGCGGGAAGAAAAUCUCUCUCCGUCCAUCCUUCCAUCAUCGCCUUCAUUCGUCCGACAGCCGACGCCGAAGUGCCUGCGAUUAGCGCUCCAGAUUAUUCGUUCGGGUUUUUUUUUUCGAUUAUUCUCUGAUUCAGGAUCUUAGAGAAGAAAACUUUACAAUCCAAGGAGAAAGCGGCCGCGUUCCAGUGGUGAGAACAUCUCCAUUUCUUUCUUUUCUUUUUCUUUCUUUUUUUUUUUGAACGUGUGUGGGAACUUUAGCCUCGUCACUGUUUUGGGUUUCAGGGUCGAGACUGGCGGGGUGGGUGGGGAGGGCAGGGCAGGGAUCGGGGUCGCUAUCACCAUGACUCCUUCCGCCUCUUCACCUCUUCUCACGAAUUUCAAAAUGGACUCGUUCCAAAUCAAACGAGGAUGAAGAUGAAGCUGAUGAAGAGGAAACCCAGAGCGAAGAGACACUCUGACAGAACUUAACACUUCUACCUCUGUAAGUGGUUUUUUUGUUUUAGUGAAAUAACCAAACCAAAGCUCACGCAAUCCCUCGAACGCUCGAGGGUGUCCGUACCUCCAGCGAGCACUUUACCCUGCAUCAGGACCAGGAGUGAGCGAGUCAGAACCUCAGUCAGAACCUCAGCCCAACCCCCCUCCCACAGUUGAGAGGGGGGGGGAAGAUGGCAGCUCUCGCCAGCUCUCUGAUCAGACAAAAACGGGCGGUGAAGGACGACCAGGCCAACCGGCCAAUCGCAAACAAGCGCAGGCCGUGCCCCAAGAGCAACAAGUCGCUGUGCCAGAAACAGAUCCUCGUUCUCAUCUCUAAAGUGCGACUAUGCGGAGGACGAAGAGGGAGAACCGACAAAAGACCAGAGCCUCAGCUAAAAGGCAUCGUCACACGGCUGUACAGUCAGCACGGCUUUUACCUCCAGAUGCAGCCAGAUGGAACCAUGGACGGCACAAGGGACGAGAGCAGCUCCUUCUCUCAGUUCAACUUGAUUCCUGUGGGUCUGAGGAUCGUGGCCAUUCAGGGGGCGAAGACGGGGCUGUACCUGGGCAUGAACAGCGAAGGCUACCUCUAUACCUCCGAGCACUUCAACCCUGAGUGCAAGUUUAAAGAGAGCGUGUUCGAGAACUACUACGUGACGUACUCGUCCAUGCUGUACCGUCAGAGUCAGUCGGGUCGCUCGUGGUACAUCGGCAUCAACCGUGACGGCCAGGUCAUGAAGGGCAACCGGGUGAAGAAGACCAAAGGCGCCGCCCACUUCCUUCCCAAGGUCAUCGAAGUUGCCAUGUACAAGGAACCGUCGCUGCACGAGCUCGAGUCCGAGCAGAGCCCGCCUCGAAAGACGGCGAAGACGUCGGACUCGCCGCAGAACGAACGCAAAGGGGCGCAAAGGCCCGACGCCUCCUUAUAACACAGGGAGGUCAGAGGGAGAGGGAGGCGGGACUCAAAGAACUCCAGCUACUCCAGGAACUCUGUUUCCCAUCAUGCACCACGGCAAGAAGUUCUCAGAUUCUGAGAGGUGGUGGGGGAACCCUGGAGAGGAGAAUCCCAUGUCUUC